AUGGUUGAAGAUCUACUCGCUCUCCCUUUGCUGCGUUAUGUCGACAAACGCAUGGUCACUUACUGUCACUUGGUGCCUGGCGAUUUUCCGGACCAAGAGUAUGAGUAUGACCGUUACGUGGGAUUCUCUGGUCAGGGAACGCGCAUAUCCGGUACUUUAGGCCGAUUCGUGCUGCUCGCUGUUUUUGGCUCAGGUGUGGAUGCUGCCGAUGCCCAGCUCGCGGAAGGACAGUUUUUUGAUUUUGUUUGA